AUGAUUAACAAAGCUCCUAAGAAAGCACAAAAACAAACAAUUAAAAAGUUUACUUUAGAUGCUUCAGGGCCUGUAGACGAUCGAAUUUUUGAUAUCUCAGCAUUCGAAACAUUUUUACAUGAACGAAUUAAAGUAGAGGGUCGAACAGGUCAACUAAGUGAUUCCGUGUUGAUUUCGCGUGAAGGAGAAGGAAAAAUUACAAUAGUCACACAUGUUUCAUUUUCUGGACGAUAUUUAAAAUAUUUAACAAAAAAAUUCCUAAAAAAACAUCAGCUUCGGGAUUGGUUAAGAGUAGUUUCAACGAUGAAAGGGACAUAUGAGCUUCGGUUUUAUAAUGUUGUUGUAGAUUCAGGAAAUGAAGAAGCAUAA